AUGUGUUUCGCAAACCGAACAGUUUGCAAGAAAUGUCGGGUUGAGAUCAUCAAGUACGUUUCCAAAUGCGACCAAUUCCCCGAGGUCUUCAGAGAAACUGACACGCACGCCAUUCGAGGGCGACAUCGUCGAAUUAGUGCUUGCAAGGAUUGCAAGCGUAAGGAAAGACGACGACUCGAGGAAGAAUCACGAAACAUCGUCGUUCAUCAUGAACAAGCCAAGGCUAUCCUUGAAUGGAUGCGAUUGGAACGUCCACUUCCAUUCACUGAUGAGGUAAUUGCUGUUAAGUACAAUGAACUCUACAAUAACCAUGAGAGGCUUCAUCGUUAUUGUAUCGAUUUUACCAACAUGCACGAAAGCUUGAUUGCCGAACGCAGACAGUAUUUAUUGCACCGUGCCGACAUAAUUAGGAAAGAAGGCAUGAAAGUCACAAGAGAAUUGAGUGAAGCAGCCAAUAAAGCAGCAACGAUGAUUCUUUUGGAGGAAAGAAUAAUGGAUGAAGCUUUCAGGCGACAAGCCGAAAUUGAUUCUGGUGUCAGAACUAUGACCGAAGAUGACAAAAUAUAUUCCCUCCACGGAAUUGGCAAGAUAUAUCACCUUGAAAAUGCCAUACAAUUAAUCGCAGGGGCACAAGGACCAGUCGCUCUGACAUUUGAAGAGUGGGCUGUAGCCAUUCCGGAUCGGUUUAUUACCGAAGACGGAGUUCGUGCAGAGAUCAGGGGAUAUCUCGACGAUAUAACACAUGGAGGAUUUGAUAAGUUGAUUGAUGAAUUCCGCGGCGAGGUCAUCCGUCUCAACGUUCUCGAUGAAGAGACCUUCGACUUCGACCCUAACGCCCACGUCUUGCAAGGUGAUUCUCCCGCUGAGGCCACACCAAACAUGCGCGAACACAUCACUUUCCGCCAGUGGGUGGUCCAGUACGAGGACGCUAUGCAAACAACCGGGCCAAUUUUUCAACGCUGGUAUACUCUUCUUGAUGGUUAUCGAGCCUACUUGGCACAGAUAUCCCCAGUACACCACACGCUCUUCAUGGUCACACGGAACAGCGCCGCCGCACGCACGUUCCGGGCUCUCGCAGGCAGACCCGAAACACCCCCAAUCCCAACACCCCUACCAUUCCCAGCACCCCCAACACCACCUCCAACCCCGAGAAGGGAAUCGAUGCAAUUCUCCAACGACGGAGACUGGUCGGUACCAGAAGUAUCUGACGAUGAAGGAUCCGAGGAUACGGGCUCUGAUGAAUCUUCUCUCAAUAUCGAACUCCACGACGAAGAUCACCACAACACAUCCAUCCGAGAAUGUCUCCAGCAAUCCCUCGCAGGAUUCGAUCAAUUGCUUGAAUUAUCCAAUACCCUCAUGCGCGAUGUUCCCAAUCAAGAGUCUUCCGCAACAGCGUUCCUUGUCCCGGCAAUCCGCUACUUAAAUAAUCAAUUAGAGCGGAAUGCCUGGCCUACUGAAUUCGGAUGGACGCAGGUUCAACUAAGCGCCGAAAACGCUAUUGAGCAAUUGCGCGAAUUGAAUGAUCUAGUGAAUGGGAAUAGAGCAUCCGCGGAGGAAUCGGAACGGGAACGCGAACAGCAACAGCAACAGCAUGAACCAGAGGCAGAAAAUGAACACUUUUUCGCUGAUAUCACACCUAUGCGCGUUGUGAUGGAGGAGGGUGAACAGGAUAAUAUAGCCUAUGCUCGACGCACCAUCAUAGGAAUUUCACCAGAAUCUAGAACACGUGAAUGGGAAGAAGAAGGUGAAGUGAUCGAAGAUGCAGAAUAUUAUGAUAAUAAUCUGCUUUGA